UUGGAAAAGCAUUCAGCUGUUUCGAAACGUUGUCAAUUUUCGAUAGGAUCGAACUCAAAAUCGGCCAGCUCAUUUUCAUAUAAAUAGUGCGUCGCUUGACCAAACCAGACAGUGAAGUUAGUUUAUUGCAGUUGGUCCACAAUGUUGCUGUACACCGCGGUGCUGGUUCCCGUCCUGAUGGCCAUGUGGCAUGGCUCCCAGGCUGAGAAAAUGAUGAGACCCAAGUUCAAGGACAUCAAGAUCUGGAGCGAAGAGAAGUUCGUCAGCCACAAGGUGGUCUACGACAACAGCGACCCCCAUCUGAACUUCACCAUGGAGGUGCACCAGGAGCUGCACGACGUAGAUAUCCACCUUGAGGUGCGCAUCACCAACAAGCAGGACCCAUACUACACCACCAACCUAAACACCACCCUGAACGUCUGCCGCAUACUAGGCUUCGCCAACAAAUCGCCGGUGGGCCGCUUUGUGCACGGAUUCAUCCGCGAGUUCGGCAACAUAGUUGAUAACUGCCCAAUCGCCAAGGGCUCCUACUUCAUCAACAAGUUCUGGUGGCCAGAGGACCCAACCACCGCCAUGCUGCCCGAGCUGGAGUUUGAGAUCGUCUGGCAAGCCAUGCACGUGGACGCCAGCAAGAAACGCACGCUAAUAAUGAACGACCACUUCGGUGGGGAUUUCGUCGUCCAGGACGUCAAUAAUCUGAAGCCCGGCAUCUUCGCAAUGCUGCCCAAGAUCGCCUAGAAGCUGCGCUAGGUUAGUUCCUGCGCGUGUCCCAAUGGUAUUUACUUAAUGUUAUUCAGUGUCACUUGGUGUUACCCAGAAAGCAGCAAAUAAAGCUGUCGCAGAAAGAGCAAACUAAUGAAAAUAA